AUGGCCAAGAAAGCCGGAGCCGCUCUGAAGAGCAUCCUGACCCUCCACUAUGUCCUCGCGUUCUGCUGCGCUGCCAUCGUCAUGGGCAUCUUCUCCUACUUCCUUGCGACACUCGCCAAGCGUAACGACCCCAUCUCCAACAAAUGGAACGCUGUCACCGGCAUGUCGGGUGCCGCCGUCAUCUACCUCAUCUUCGCCAUUCUCUUGACUGCCUUCAUUGGCGGCAUCAGUUUCCUCGGCUACCUCGCCGUCCUCCUUAAUCUCCUCUUCUGCGGCGCCUUCAUCGCCAUUGCCGUGCUCACACGCGAUGGCACGCGCAGGUGCAACAGCACCGUUCCCACGCCAUUAGGCACUGGCAACGGCUUGGCUUGCAGACUGAACAAGACGGUCUUCAUUGUCUCGAUCAUCGCAGCUGUCCUCUUACUCCUCGCCGCCGUCGCCCAGCUGCUCCUUGUCCGCCAGCAUAAGAAGGAGAAGGCCUUUGGCCCGUCUCCCACCAACGGCUACACCUCUGGCACCAGCAAGCCCAAGUUCUGGCAGCGCAAGCCCAAGACAACUCCCGUCCACGACACCGAGAUGUCUGCUGGAACCGGCAGCCUCGGCGUGCCCCACCCCAACGUCCGACCAUCGCACGACACCGGCUACACCGGCUCCACGAUGUCUCCUGCCGGCGCUUACGAGUCAACGCCAAAGCACUCAGUCGCUCAUGACGUCCCGCACAAACCUGCCGUGCACAACGACGGCCACCGCACUGGCGCGCACCCGGCUGGUCUCAUGCCUGGACAUGGCGCCGGGCACAACGUUGGGCAUGCUCAAGUCACGCCCAACAUCCCGCCAGCGAUCGACCACGGCGGGUACCAUGUUGACCCUACCCCGUCGGGAAUCAACCACAACCACCCGUACGCACUGGACGCUCCUCGCGGCACGGUGGCUACCAACUACUAA